CUCUGUCCCUUUAAAUCGUUUAAUUCAUUUGCCGACGAAUAUUGUUUCGCGUUGAUAGCGGCAUCGAUGCGGAGUCUGCCGUCUCGGAUCACCGCAGAACUCGUUUUCUAAAACUAAAAAAGAACAAUGGCUUUAUUAACACCCCUCUUCGCGUUUCUGUAUCAUUUGCCGCAGGUUUACAAAUGGCUACUAAAGCCGUACUACAUCGCCUCGUUAUUUAUGUCUAUCGCGUUCCUGCUUGUCCGCAAAACGCCUGGGAUCUGCGAACAUCUUUCGACGCAGCGCGAGGAUGGCAAUUCAUGCGAUUUUGACUGGAGAGAGGUGGAGAUACUGAUGUUUUUAAGUGCUAUAGUCAUGAUGAAGAACAGAAGAGCAAUUACCAUCGAGCAGCACGUGGGCAACAUCAUCCUCUUUUGUAAAGUGGCCAAUGUGAUCCUCUUCUUCAGACUGGACAUACGUUUGGGGCUUCUCUAUUUGACGUUGUGUAUAGUUUUCCUGAUGACCUGUAAACCUCCUCUCUACAUGGGCCCUGAAUACAUCAAGUACUUCAGCGAUAAAACCAUUGAUGAUGAGUUGGAGAAGGAUAAUAGAGUGACCUGGAUCGUGGAGUUUUUUGCUAACUGGUCACCAGAGUGUCAGUCUUUCGCAUCUGUCUAUGCUGAUCUGUCCUUGAAGUAUAACUGUGCAGGACUGAAAUUUGGCAAAGUGGACAUUGGUCGUUACAGUGAAGUGUCCAAAAAGUACAGGGUCAGCACCUCUCCUCUCUCCAAGCAGCUGCCCUCUCUGGUGCUCUUCCAGGGGGGAAAGGAAAUCAUGAGGCGCCCUCAAGUGGACAAAAAGGGACGGGCAGUGUCUUGGACCUUCACAGAGGAAAACAUCAUCCGGGAGUUUAACCUCAACGAGCUGUAUCAGAAGUCAAAGAAGCUUGGUAAGACCAAAGGAGAGAAGUUCGAGAGGCCCAACGAGUCUGUGUUUUCCCCCGUGCCUGAGGAGGAGGAGCCGGAGGCCGAGACCAUCACCGCGAUGGACACAGAGAGCAAGAAGGACAAAUAGGAAGCGCAUGCUGCUGAAGAGCACUGUGAAUCACUAUGGGACUGGAGCAGGAUGUGCUGAUGUUCAGUAUGCAGAGAGAAAGAGUUUGUACCGAGAUAUAAACGGAAUGAUUGUGCUCUUGUUUCUUUUUGUAUAACAUAUUAAUUAAGUGCAAAAUGAGUCCAAUAAUAUAGUAAAUCCUUAUGUUAAUACCUAUUUAAAUGUCAUAAUCAUUGAUAAACUGGACACAGAUGUUCAAACAGCUGUUAUUUGGGACAUUAAUAUCAGUCUGUCAGCCGUUUUUAAUUUAAUCAAGGUGAACAUGGGACAUCUACCUCUAAUAUGGUGAUCAUUAGUAAGGGGUUAUUUUGCGUUGCAUAUGCAUCGCAUCGGGGAACAAACUUUUUAUCAUUUAUUUUUCUCUUGUAUUGUUAAUCCUCCCAUUCCAUUGUCACUCCUAGUAUUUUCUUUUUCUAGAUUUUUUUUUACUAUUUUACUAAGAUGUGGCUUGGUUGUGUGACGGUACGGACUACUAGACCGAACGCGGCGGUCCUAAAAGAGUGGGCCUUUAACAUUUCAUGUUUUGAACAUUUACUGUUUCUAAGAGCAAGACCUCAAGAUAAUAUUCUGUAAAAUUCAGUUGUUACUUUUUGACAUUUAGAUCCAGUUACACUUUAAUUUCAGAGAGAAUAUACUGCUGUAAAAGUCUUGAAUGUUUUUUUUUUAUAUUAAGCUUAUUUUCAUUUUCUUUGUGCUAAAGGAUUAUUUAACAAUUGUAUUCUAAACCGACAGGCACAGAAGAAAGCUGCAGGCAGUCUUCACGUAUUAACCUUUUCCAAUCAUUACCUUUAAUUUGUUUGUGUGGAAGCUUGAAUUUUUUUUUUCCACAAAAAGCUAAAUUGUUUUAGUUCCCUCUCGAGUAAACCGAGUCUUGAUUUUUCACUAAUCUUUAAUGAACUGAUGUCUGAAAGAUGAUGAAGUGCUUUAAGUGGUUGUGAACAGAAGGGUUUUCGCCAUUCCAAUAAAACACUUUGUUCUUCACA